AUGUCCAUCAUGAACGGUCAUCAACAUUGGCCUCCAUCGUCUGCCCAUCAAGUCAAUGACAGUAGGAGCUUCCACCGCGCCGAAGACGGUCCUCAGCGCACCCAGACUCCGGCAGACCACUCCCAGCCGUUGAUGCCUGAGGCACCACCUGAUAUCGAUGCUGCUGAAGACCGACAACGCGCUUUUCUUCGCGAUCUUUAUCAAAAAACCGAAUCCAAGAUCGCGCAUCUGUUCGCCGAAGAUGGUUCAUAUGAUUAUGCCGGCAUAGAGUCGCUGCGGCGACCAAUCGCCCUCUCCACCCCCCUCUUACCCCCGACUACCGACCAUGACCCCAUCGAAGAACGACCAUCCAAGAGAGCCAAGCGCGUUAUCGACGAAGACGACUACGGUGACGAUGACGACGAAUACGAAGAUCGCGAUGCGGUCGAUAUCUCGCCGCUGAAGUCGAAAAGCGCCCAAGGCGCCGGCGCCCUCCUUUCCCCCUCCAAAUCCGGUAGCUCUCCGGUACAUUCUGUGCCUUCCCCUGGGAGACUUUUAGACAGAGUCAAGGACGACUCCUCGCAAGAAUCACAAGGAUCGCAACCCCACGCGAAGACGUCUGAAGAUGCGCGCAAGCAAUUGGAAGAGGCGCGGACCGCCACUGAGGAUGCUGCCAAGCGUAGCUUCCACACCUUGUUCUACACGCUGGAGAACGAUCGGACGGCCAUGCUGGAACAACAACAGCUGGAAGAGUCGGAAAAACAGCUUCAGGCAGAGAUGGAUAAGAACAACACCAACAACUCCGGCGCUGGCGUGGCUGGCGAAAACCAUGGCUCCCUCAGUAACGCGAACCUUGGCGCGUCAAGUCUGACGUUAAAGCAUCUCAUCGCGCGUAUAGACAUGAAGCGUGAUAUGGUUCGCGCGUCAGAUGCUGAGCUACGUUCGCUUAUGAAUGAGGUCAGGAAAAACCGCAGCAAGUGGGCGAAUGAAGAGAAUGUGAACCAGGAGGAACUGUACGAGGCUUUGGAGAAGGUUCUGAACGAGUUGAAGGCACACACGGAAUAUUCGACACCGUUCCUUCAGAGGGUGAACAAGAGAGAUGCCCCUGACUAUUACAACCUGAUAACCAAACCCAUGGACUUGGGGAGCAUGACCAAGAAGCUCAAGUCACUGACAUACAAGUCGAAGGCGGACUUUGUAACGGACCUUAAUCUGAUCUGGGACAACUGCCUGCGAUACAACCAGGAUAUGAAUCACCCACUUCGGCGUAUGGCCAAUGGCAUGCGCAAAGAGGCGGAAAAGUUGAUUCCUCUGAUCCCCGAUCUUGUCAUCCGACCUCGUGCCGAAGUUGAGGCUGAAGAGCGCCGCAAACAGAACGGGGGCGAUGACGAUGGCGGAGAUGACUCUGACGAUGAGCCGAUCAUGUCGUCGCGCGGCCGCAUUGCCGGUGGGGCCAAAGGCACCAAGUCACGGAAGGCGCCCACGGAUCAGAAAGAAGGCACGCCCAGUAUGGAACAGAAGCCUUUGCUCGCCGUGAACGGUCUGUUGAAGCUCCAACGAGAGGGCUCCGAGGUUGAUGGGAGCAAUGGCUUUGCGACACCUCCCGUAGGCGGGUCUGGUACCCCAAGCGGCAUGAACGGGCAUUCUGGUAUCGGCAGCAACAUAGACGCCAUGGACAUCGACGGCCCUUCUCUUAACGGCAUGGCUCUCAACCAGGCUCUCAACGAGGCCCAAGAACAGGUAUUCGAAGAUGAGGAGUACAAGAUCUAUAAACAGAUCACCAAGAAAGACCGUGCCCAGAUCGCCAAAGAACGAUAUCAACUCUUCAACGGCAGAAAGUUGAAUAUUGAUGAGCCCGCCCUGCUGCGUUCCAAAGUUGGCAUGCGUCGAUUUCUCCAUGGCAGAGAACAAGCAGAAGCUAUGGGUGCCAUUAGCCCCAUCUUCGCCGAUUCAUCCGCUACAGCCGCCAAGGAAUCCUCGAAGGCGGCGGAGACAUUGGCGGAGGGUAUGGAAGAUGAUUCAGAACGAGUGGUCCCGGAGUACUACGAUGCACAAUCGUUGAUCCCGGACAUCCCCCUAAAACUUCAAUGGAUUGAAGACAAUGAGGGUCAAGUCAUCAAUCAGCACGAAGAAUUUCUGCGAGCUGUUCCGGCUGGGUAUUUCACGGCUCCAAAAGGUCACCUAGCUGAGAGGUUCGAUGCAAACAUUCGCCAGCUGCAAGAGACGAGGAAGCUCUGCUCCAAGAUCGGCGUCAUCAAACAGAUGCAGAUCCAGACUCAGGUGUAUACCAAUCAAUUUCCCAAAUACAACCCUGAGCCGUUUAUGGAACAGGAUAUCCAGCCGCACGUCACUUGUGGUGAUGGUCUCGUCAUGGCACCCGAGGUCUGUAGGGCCACAAUGAAGAGGUCAGUCGCGAAGCUCUUCUACCACGCCGGCUUUGAGGAGAUGCAGCCAUCAGCACUCGACACCAUCACGGACAUCGCUGCCGACUACUUUGAGAAGCUCGUCUGUACAUUCAAGACCUACAACGAAACGGAUAGGAAAGACCCGACCGUUAGCUUUGCACGACGGGGCGCUCGUGUCCAACCCCGGUAUACUGACGAGGAAGUCCUCCUACACACGCUUUACGAGAACGGUUACAAGGUCGAGGACCUGGAAAGCUACGCCAAGGACGAGGUCGAUCGGCUGGGCCACAAACUGGGGGUGAUCCACGAGCGCAUGAAGACUCAUCUAAGCGAUCUUCUCCGACCUGCGCUGAAUGAUGCUGGGGGCGAUGGCGGUGCCGCUAACUUCAAUGAUGGCAGCGAUCAAUUCGUGGGAGGCGAUUUUGCAGAAGAACUUGGAGAAGAUUUCUUUGGCUUCCGCGAGCUGGGUCUUGCGGGAGAAAUGGGCGGCAUGCUGUCCGUUCCCCUACACCUUCUUCAAACUCGAGUCCGCAAUCAGUAUCAGAGCCAGGCUCAGGUGGCCGGUCCAGUUGAUGUCCACUUGUUUGAAGAUCUACCUCCUUUGGAACCUGUCACGAAGGAGAACAUCCAAGAUGAGAUUGGUCUCGUCAAGAACUUCUUCCUCGCCAAGUUACACGCUAAUGGCGAUUCACCCUUGGUGGAAGAUGAAGACUUGCCUAUCAAGCAAAGGCGGCCUCGGCCUCGUCUCCAAGCUUCUGGGAAGAUCAACUCGCCCCAGAAGCGACCACCCAAGGAGCAGAAUGCCAUCAACAAGAGGAAGAAGAAGGCUGAGGCGGCAGCCGCUGCAGCAGCGGCUGCGGCAAAGGCCGAUCCAAACGCGAGUCCAGAGAAAGGCUCAAAGAAACUCCAGAAGGGGGCUGUUGCCGCUACGAACGCUGCGGGAGCCGCUCUACCCGUGGCACCGGAUAUGUCGCGUAUGGAGAGUAAUAGUCAGCCAGAAUACAAGGACGACGUAGGGAUGAUGAGCCCCGAGAGCAUGGAGCGCUAG